ACGACCGUUGGACGCGUAAGACGCUGUCGCAGUGUUUAUACAAGUGGCAUGUUUUAUGAACACGUUCCGGCUACGUAGUUGUAGAACUUUUAAACAAACUUUUUUAACAUUGUACAGUUUAUUUUAAUUAUGGACAAAACACCACCGAAGCCGACAUCUCCAAAGCCAGUGAAAAAAGAAAAUGAAGAGGAAAUAAAAGAGUUUGCCGAGACAGCAAUGAACGAGCUGCUGGGGUGGUACGGGUACGAACGUCUGGAACUGAGGCGGUGGGCAGCUUCCCGCGCCAGUCCUGAACAUCAUCAGCCCGCCGAGCUCAAGAACAAAGAUGAAUGCUCUUGGUGUAACAAGAGUAUCAGCAGCGAGGGUGGGGCCCUGCAGCAGGCUGGAGCCGUCUUCUGUUCUGAGGUGUGCUUCAGUCAGUCCCGCCGUGCCAACUUCAAACGUGCCAAGACGUGCGAUUGGUGCCGCCACGUCAGGCAUACUGUUGCCUAUGUGGACUUCCAGGACGGCGCCACCCAACUACAGUUCUGCUCAGACAAGUGCCUCAACCAGUACAAGAUGCACAUUUUCUGCCGUGAAACGCAAGCGCACCUUGAUCUCAACCCACACCUGGUGAGCGCGUCUUCCACGUCAAACCUCAUUACUCCAGAUUUGUGGCUCAAGAACUGCCGCAGCCGGUCAGCUUCGCCUGCUUCCGAGAGAUCUGGAUCGCCUGGCACAGAAAACAGAAGUCAUAAACUGGACAUAAAUCAAAGAAAAUCUCCACUUCCAUUAAUCACUGUAGCGCCUGCAGCGAAACUGAUGACCAGGAAGUCUAGCGAAGAAAAGAACAAGUCGCCAGAGGCCAAGAAAGAACUCCAGAGCAACAAAAUGAAUCUACGAAAGCGAAGGACGUCGAAAUGUUCGGCUACUGUCACAUCGCAGAGCUUGCGGACCACAACACCUAAAGCUCAAGAUCUUAGGAUGCUUAGUCCAUCUGUAGAUGGAUCGUCUCCAAUCUCUUCAGCAAACAGAUCAAUACAUUCACCAAAUAAAAUCAAUGUUAAUCAAUCAAUCACUCAUCCAUUUCCCAAUCCUAUUUUCAACAUGUCUCCCUCUGUUUUUCUUGAUAAUGCAGCUCAUCUGAACGAACACAGACCGCAAAUGUAUCCUCCAAGGUUUGGUUUCAUGGCUCCACCUCCUAUGUUGCCCCAAGAAAGGCCUAGAAUAGUACCUCCAGUUAAUUUCUCGCAAGCUAUUGGUCAACCGCCUCCCGUUACUGUUUUGGUCCCAUACCCAGUAAUUUUACCCAUACCACUGCCAAUACCAAUCCCUAUACCUCUUACUUCAUUUUUACAAGCGCACAAUAUAAGGAAAAUGAAAACAGAGGUAAAUACUGAAGAUACAGAAGGCCCAUUGGAUUUUACAAUGAAUAGCGAUAAGAAGAAGGAAACCAAUUCAACAGAGUUGACACCUAGAAACGAGAAAUCUGAUGAAUAUGAAAUUACCAAAAAUAACGAUGAACGACUUAGUGAUAAUGACCCCGGUGAUGAAAAUGAAUCAAACCCAGAGCAAACGCUACCUAAGUUUAAAAUAACAAGAUUAGGAAAUAAAAUGGCAAAAAUCGUUGCUAAAACGAGAGAAAGUUCAGAAUCUUCACGACCCUUAAGAAAAAGGAAGCGACUCGUCGAAGUGGCAAAUGAAGACGAAGCUAUCAUAACGAAAUCAAGAAAGAUAGUGCAAGUGUAAAUAAAUUAUAUAAUUAUCGUAAAAUUAAUACAUAUCACCACAAAAUUUAUCGGAAACUAUGUCCGUUCAUAUUCAAAUUGCUAGUCGUAGUUUUAAGGAACAAUGUUAUUUAAUUUAUUAGGUUAUUAAUGUUAUUUUUAAGGCACCACUUAUGUAGUAGUUUACCUACAUAUGUAUUUAAUAAGUUUAGGAAAAAUAAAAUAAUAUGAAAUACUUA